GUCGCCUUCCAGCUGGUCCGGUCGCCUGCCAUCACCGCUGACCAGGAAACAGUGUCUGCCAGUUCAUACAACACACCUGGCUUGUCACACAGUAACACGGAGGGCAGCUUAUAGGGAGUGAUUCCACCAUGGGAUUGUUGUUAGCAAGCACAACCUACGUUCCGCUACGGUCUAUUGAUUACCAUGAUGUGUGGUGUAUGCAAGUCAGGUAUUGACAACACUGAUUAAAGGUGUGUUCCUCUUACAUGCAGUAUGACGUCACUGCCUUGUUAUUCACAUGAGGCUGGAGUAACGGAGACAUAGGGUGUUCCGACUGGGCUGUUUCAGAAGUGUUUCAUCGAGAUUGUUGUCAAGAAGCGGGUCCUUGUAUAUUCCCAGGCAGAUAGUCUGCCGUGAAGUACUUCCAAAACACCUGGUGGCUACAAUGAUCAACUCUCAUGGGGGGAUGCGUAGCUAGAUCCUCCUUCACCGUCACCGACAAAACCGCGGCAGCGCAGGAAAUCAGGACGUACCCAGUCCUGUUCAGCAUGGAGGACGCCGAGGACGUGAUGAGAGAGGCGUCCCCAGGGACGUACCUGUUGUACAAGGACUUCCAGUCCGACCGCAUAUACCUGUCGGUCAGGCGGCACAAUCAGGUGGUGCAUCACCGCAUCCUUGAGAUAGAGCGCCUCUUCUACUUGGGACGGCAGCCCUACCCCUACCUCGACUCCAUCAUCUUCUACCACAUGAAGCACAAGUUGAAGGGGGUCAAGCUGAAGAAACAGGCGUAUCUCAGUGCACGUGUUGUCAAAGCAUUUACUACCAAGGUCAUGUCCAACAACGGCCAAAUGUUGGAUUAUAGAGACAAUUCCAACAACAAUAACAUUAAUCCUGGUUUCCAUGGCAACAACGGAAAUUACAUCCAUUCCAUGCAAAGAAUGAAUGGACGAAUUUGGAAGUGUGGUUCAAUGGAUUCGUUGAUGACGUCAUCCUCGGGCGCCUCAUGGUGACAGUAGGUUGCUGUGGCAACUGAAACUUUCGAGAAUUUCGCAUGAGGCAGCUUUCAGAAAUGAUCUUGACGUUCAGGAAUAUCAAAACUGAUUGUGGAAGUGACAGUUGCAAGACGGACACAUUCUGCGUGACUCUUUUUUCAUAUAUUUCAUCAUAAUGGAAGAUGGUGAAACUACAUAUCUGCCUUCCGGAUUCAAGCCCCGGAGUGGCACAUGUUAUGUUAUUGUGUGUCCGCUCUCCCCGUGGAGCAAGCAAACUAUUCCUAGUUGUAACAUGUACCCUAAUGACGGUGAUAUGAUAGAUAGCGUUAUAUCCGGACUGAUGACGUGAGACAGGUUCUCACAAUGAGAAGAGUCCUGCCAUCACAGCAUGUGUCUGAUGCGUCUACAAUGUCCUGACGGGUUCAGUGACGACACGUGUGUGGCUACCACGACAGCAACAUCGACGGGGUUACAUCAAAUGGUUUUGUCGUCGUGUAUGAUGCGACAAUACAGGGCCAGUGCCUACAGAGAACGUCAUGGACAUUAUUCCACCAGAACUACGUUGCCGGUACGCCUGUAUAAGUGACGCUUCCAAAAUAACAAGUACCUUCCAUUACAACUCUUUGUGCAGAGUUGAAUCCUUCGGCACAUGAGACCCAGGCAAUGUAUCUAGGUUUCUAGGAUUCCAGGAUACACCCAUGCUCGUGUGUUUCUGCAUCACUUAGAGAUGUUCUCACAUCGACCUUCCAUAAAUGAAAUACAUUUCACAGCGAUGUUAAACUAACUCCACUCGCUGCGUGUCAAUUAUCCAAACAUCCAACACGUCAUAAUGAUGUAUGUAUUAUAUAUAUGUAUAGAUAUGGCAUUGUACCGUUACUCAUCACGUUCAGCGUUAGAUGAUGUAAGUCCGACUAUGAUGUAUGCUUUGCCUUCAUGCCUGUGAUAUAACGAUGCUUGCCUUGAAUUCAAACAAGUGCACAAAUGUCUUUAAAUGUGCAAAUUUAUUUUUAGAUGUUGAAUGUAAAUAAUUUAUCUAUAGCUAAACCGUCUUUAUCCGGAAGCUUUUUGGCAAAACAUAACGCCCAGACAGACUAAGAUUGUCACAGUAAGUCACCAUUGCAGCUCACUAACCGUGGAGCGGGAGCCUAGAACGUAGUGCGUCAACUUGACUGCAAGGUUUGAUUUCAAUUCAUCGUGUUUUUCCUAAGUAUUACUGGAAUAGUGUCAAAAGUGGCGUUAUAUUUUACUUACUAACUCGCUUUUUGCGGCUGGGAUACCAGAGCCUUAUCUAUUCAAGGGUCUUCACGUCACUGUCGUGUUAGGAUCUGAGUAUGCUUAGCAAGCGUUUCCCCCGUAGAGACCAUUGGUCUUCGUGAAACCAUGCCUAAACAACAACACAAGAAAUGUUAUAUACAACACGACCUUUCAAAACAUCUCGAAACUGAAUUCUGAACAUCACAAGUAUAGUAAAUAUUCACCCAGAAUGAGAGAUUUCCGAAUGUCUCAAGUCCCGAUGAACACAGUAUUCGUAAACAUUAUCAUUCUUACAAUUAUUUAUAAAAAGUCAACUACGUGUCAGGUUAUUAUAUUUCUUUUUUAUUUUCUUAUCUUUCUUAUUCUAAUAUAUAUAGCACUGACCGGAUCAGUUACCCUGAUCAGUCCACUGCCAAAAUGCCUUGGAUAGCCCGACGCCAAAAUGACAGUUUAUAUUGAUAUAGAAGUGUUAUUUGUCCUCUAAGGCAAUCAUGCACAGAGAUCCCACUGAUCCCAGAAACGACUUUCAGUGGCACUUGUAACGGUUCCAAAAGCCAGAGUGACUGCACUGUUGUCUUUACUAAGAGUUCCACCAUACUGUCUGUUUUCGUAUCUCACUUUACACCACAGUCGGGAUCGCCAUCAUGAUUGACAAACAUUAAUGUUGGAGCGUCCGUAUACCAAUCAGACAGGAAGUAUACUACAAUCAGACAGGAAGUAUACUACAAUCAGACAGGAAGUAUACUACAAUCACCCAAUCACUGACCUGUUGAUAUGGACAUGGUGGCUCUUCACGAUAUGGUGAUGCCAACUUAGUGUUUUCCUCAAAGCAUAUAAUCGAAGAAAUUAGUAUAAUUUGCUUCGCCCCAAGAAAACGGAGCGUGGGAGAAUGAGCAGAAAGUGUUCACUAAAAUACUAAUCACUGAUGCUCUUGGAAACGGAAUUGAGGUAUAUUUACGAUUUCGUGUCAAGUUAUAUGAAGACUAGUUCGCCGCUGGGUGUAGUUACCUGUACAUAUGAAGUGAUUUAUACAUGAAUAAAACUUACAUGAGCUGA